AUGGCAUACUCCAACCUCCAAAAGUCGCCUCCGCUCGACUUGUCGCAUCAUCUCUCGGCGGUGACCAAGAGACGCGAGAACAGUCUGGUGAAGAGCCUGUACAAGUACAUGAUUCGACCCAAUGUCGAUAAUAUGGCGGGUGGCUUGCCAAAUGCGUCAUACUUCCCCUACGAAACCCUCGAGGCCACGGUCGCCCACCCCCAGCGAUUCGCGGUGACAACAACCACAGGAAACGGAGACGCGCGGGCCACGGACCGCAUGGUCGUCCCCAAAGAAACCCCCCAGGCCAACACGCUCCACAAGAUCGAUGUCGCCACGGCCCUGCAGUAUGGCACCGCCGAGGGGCUGCCGGCGCUGGCCACGUUUGUGCGGGAGUUCGCCCGCGAGCAUCUCCACCCCAAUGUCCCCUACGCGGGCGGACCGGCGACCCUGCUCACGACGGGGGCGACCGAUGGCCUGUCCAAGGCCGUGGAGGCGUUCACCACCGCGUGGGAUCCGCGGCGCGAUUGGAUCAACCAACGGGAGGGCGUGCUCUGCGAGGAGUUUGUCUUUAUGAACGCCAUCCAGACCUUCCAGCCACGGGGCGUCAACGUCGCCACCGUCGCCAUCGACGCGGAGGGGAUGCUCGCGCACGGCAAGGGCGGGUUGGCGGAUGUGCUGGAAAACUGGGAUUUCAAGAAAGGUCGUCGCCCGCAUCUGAUGUACACCAUCACAAUCGGCCAAAAUCCCACGGGCGGGACUCUGUCCGUGGCCCGCCGGAAGGAGAUCUAUGCGCUGUGUCAGCGGUACGACAUCCUGAUCAUCGAAGACGACCCGUACUGGAACCUCCAGUACCCGUCCGCGGCGGCCACGGAGGCCCAGUACCGCGGCUCGCCCGCGGCGGUCCACCCAACCCCACCCAACUACAACGCCCACGGCCGGUCCUCCGGGUACGCGUUCCUGGACUCGCUGGUCCCCUCGUAUCUGUCGGUGGACACGGACGGCCGCGUCGUGCGGCUGGACACCUUCUCCAAGACGAUCGCCCCCGGGUGUCGGCUGGGCUGGAUCACCGCCCAGCCGGCCUUCAUCGAGCGGCUGACCCGCAUCACCGAGACGAGUACCCAGCAGCCGUCCGGGUUCGUGCAGGCCAUGGUGGCGGAGUUGAUCCUGGGUCAGCAGGUUAAUACUGAUGGUAAGGGCGAUUCUUCAAAUCGCAAGAGCAAGGGCAGGGGCGAGCCGCGCGCUUGGCAGAUGGAUGGCUGGGUGCGGUGGCUGGAAGGGCUGCGCGCGAGCUACGAGCAGCGCAUGCGCGACAUGUGCACGGUCCUGGAGGAGGGGAAGUAUUUGGUCGAUACGGACGGCGCAGAAGCAGCCGCAGGCACAGAAGCAAACGCAGAAGCAGGUGCCUGGGAGGUGCUGGAUAAGGUGCAGAUGUAUGACUUUCGGUGGCCCACUGGCGGCAUGUUCGUGUGGCUGAAGGUCAGCAUCGAGACGCAUCCCUUGCUGCAGAGGUACGGGGCCGAGCGCUUGAGCAAGGCGCUCUGGCUGCAGCUUAUGGAGAAACCGUACCUGUGUCUGAUGAGUCCCGGGUCAUUGUUCGCGCCCACCCCGGCGGCGGUCAUCCGCUCGCAGCAGUACUUCCGGCUUUGCUUCGCGGCGAUGCCCGCGGAGGAGGUCGCCGGCAUUACUCGGCGGUUGGUGGACGGGUUCCGGGCUUUCUGGAAGAGGAAGGACUUGGAUGGAUUGGAGGAUGAGGAGGUGAUGCUGCAGAGGUUGCAGUUGGAGGGACCGGCGAAUAUGAUAGGGUUGGGGUGUUGAGUGGUUGAUGCAUUUCUUGGUGAUACUACGUACUGUACCCGUGACGACGAGACAAAGUAUUCGUAACUAUGAUUCAUAGAAGACCUACCACGUCAAAGACAUCCCAUCCCAUUCAAAC